CUCUAUGGUCUGUGGCGGGCGGACUCGGUGGAAGUCUGAAGGUUGUUGCCAACCAACAUGGCGGACACGGGAGAUGAGACAUCCAAAGACAAGUCAUUCAAGUUGUUGUGGCUCCUUGAUGUGAAAAACACACCAUGUGCACGCGAGUCUUUAUUGUAUGGGUCAGUGGGAUCGUUGGUGGUUGGAGUUGGAAAUUUUCUUGCAACAAGUCGGGUGAAGCGGUCGUGUGAUUUGGCUGUUGGAGGAUUUCUUCUCACCACUCUUAGUUUCUGGAUGUACUGCAGAUACAACCAUGCAAGACUCAGGAUACAGCAGAGAAUGGUACAAGAAGGCCUUAGAAAACAGGUCAUGUAUGAAGGUAGCCCCAAGGAUCCAAAUUUCAGAGACAGCCAAAAAAGUGAUUCAGACCAGUAACCAGAGCCGUGGACUGCCA